CAUGACCCUACCAUCAUCAAAGUCAAUGGGACCUAUUACUCCUACGGUGUGGGCGAACACCUGGUCAUCCAUGAGACGCCUUUCAUGGACGGGCCAUGGGAGCAGACCAGUUCCGUCUUGGCCAAAGACAGUGUAGUCCUCAAGGGAGACCGUACCGCCAUGUGGGCACCCACAGCCCCCCAAGUCGACGAUAAUUUCUACCUUUACUACUGCGUUAGCGUUGCGGGGUGUCGGGAUAGUGCUGUCAGCGUUGCUACAUCCAAAUCGCCUGGACCUGAGGGAUGGACCGACCUUGGAACAAUCAUCAACUCCGGUACAGGA